UUGCCCUUAGGGACAAAGGGAUGAAACACAUGGUUGGCAAGAACUGGCGGGACUUAUUCGACAUGGUCAUCGUGCAAGCCGACAAGCCCAACUUCUUCACCGAUCGGCGGAAACCUUUUCGAAAACUGGAUGAUAAUGGCUCACUGCAGUGGGACAAAAUAAACCAGCUGGAGAAAGGAAAGAUCUACAAAGAGGGCAACCUCUUUGAUUUUCUGAGGCUGACAGGCUGGCGUGGGUCCAAAGUGCUCUACUUUGGCGACCAUCUGUACAGCGACCUUGCGGACCUCAUGUUGCGUCAUGGCUGGAGGACUGGAGCCAUCGUUCCUGAAUUGGAGACGGAGAUUCGGAUCAUAAACACAGAGCAGUACAUGCACUCCCUGACCUGGCAGCAGGCUCUGACGGGGCUGCUGGAGAGAAUGCAGAUGUAUCAGGAUGCAGAGUCGAAACAAGUAUUGCUGGAGUGGAUGAAGGAGCGGCAGGAGAUCAGGUCGCUGACAAAGAACCUGUUCAACCCCCAGUUUGGCAGCAUCUUCCGCACCUUCCACAACCCCACGUACUUCUCUCGACGGCUGGUGCGGUUCUCGGACAUCUACAUGGAUUCCAUCAGCUGCCUGCCGAACUACGAUGUGAACUUCACCUUCUACCCCCGGCGCACCCCCCUGCAGCACGAGGCUCCGCUCUGGAUGGAUCAGCUCUGCACAGGCUGCAUGAAAACCCCCUUCCUGGAGGAGAUGGUGCAUAUCCGGUGAAGGGCCAGGUACUCCGGGCAGCAGCACAGGGCCAGUCUGUACGUGGGGCCGGGCUGCUCGGCCUGCACCUCUGUCUACCACUAAAGGGCGUUUGACACUU